AUGGACACACACCAAACAACAUUCUUAUUCUUUUACAAAUUCUGCCUAUCUUUGCCGAUUGAAAAUCUGUGCAAUCAUCUCCAAACAGCAAACCGUGUUGAAGAUAGACGACAUAUUCUACGUGCUCUUAAAAGUCUUUCUAAAAAAUAUAAACUUGAAGUUGGAACUCAAAGCAUAGGUCUAUUAGGAAAUAUUUUACAUCAUGAAAAAAAUGAUUUAAAGCUCGUUCAAUUGAUCCUCGACACAUUAAUCAACUUGACUGCAAUGGAUUCUGUUGCUGAUGGCGAACAAUUGGUAUUAUCACAUGAUAUGUCCAUUCAAUUCACGAAAUCAUUUAUCAAUAACAAAGAACAUGUUCAUUUAAUUCUUGAACUGAUUACAAUAAUUCGAACAUUUGUAUCACUAACGAAUUCUGCCGAACAUAUUGUUGCAUGUCAAACUACAAUUGAACAAUGUGGAAUACUACGACGUUUAUGCAUCAUACUUAUGCUUACAACUACUCCUGCUGAUAUCUUAGCUGAAACUAUUCGCACGAUCGGUGAUGUUAUGCGUGGUGAUGCAAAAAAUCAGCGAUGCCUUGAUUUGGUAACGAAUACAAAUACUAAAAUUCAGCAACCAGUGCUAUUCAAUCUUCUAUAUGUCAUGAUUUGUGGUGAAGAAAAAUCAUUUUCGCUUCGAAUAUCAGUCCUUUAUUGUUUACAAUGUUAUUUACACAAAAAUGAAUCUGGAAAAUCAAUGAUUGUUCAAGCACUUUUAGCUCAAACUAAGAAUACUGCUAAUCAACACUCUAUGGGUCAUCUCUUAAGAUCUGGUUAUUUAAGUGAAGAUGCUGUGGCGUCAUGGUGUUCCGGCAUUCUACUUUCACAUUUAAUAGUUAAUAGUCCCCAAUCUAAGCAAGAUAUACUUAAAGCUAAAUUAGCACUUGAUCGAACACAAACAAAUGCUAAAACAUUAAUGGAAAUAUCAAUUGAUAUAUUACAUAAAUCAUCAUCUUCAUUUCACAUUCGUGUUGCUGUAAUUAUUUUGAUCUGUACAUGGUUACCAAAUUGUUCAUUAGCAGUACAAGAAUUAGUUUCCAUUCCAAAUAGCAUUUCAUAUCUGGUUUCACAGAUAUGCGCUCAAUCAAUCGAAGAUGAUCGUUAA